UUCUUGUGACAGACGUGAAUUUUUCAUCGUUUUUUUCUUCUGUUUCUUCCCUUGUUCAAAGAAUUUCGCCGUUCGUCAUUCACAUUGUGUGUGUAUUAAAACAGUAUCAGUUCGGUCGUCACACAUUUCUCUUGGCCGAAUUUGCUUCUGAUUACACACCAAACCCUGAAAACAACCCGAAAACGGACUGAAUAACAAAAUUUAAUUGAAAGAUGAAAAAACCAAAUGCAUAGAAAUAUGAGCUUAAUCGAUAGCAAUCAAAAAGUAGUACACAUAUUCAUUGAUGCGAAUGUUAUUUGAUUGUAAUUAAAACUGAUUUUUCCGCGCAAAUCAAUUGUCAAAGUUAAACAAAACAUUGAAGUUUUCAAGUGGGUACUAUGCCAUACAAAACUACCGAUAAAAUCGAUUGUGAAUGAAAUAGGCGGAUCAAAAACAAAAAGAAAAUUUAUUAUAUUAUUUUAAAAUUGAAAUGGAAAUUUUGUGUUUUUAAUUGUAUAUUUUGUGUGUGCGUAUGCAUGAGUUUCGGCAAUUUUUUGUUCGGUUGUUUGUUUCCAAUGAUUGUACACAUUUUUCAAACUUACCUAUCCACCGAUCAGAACAAUUAAUUAAUUAGAAGUUCUGUUCGUUUAGUAUUGACGUAUAUCUUGGAAUGCAAGAUAGGUGAAAUCGGUUUUUUGUUUUUUUUUUUGUUUUUCAAAACGUAUGUACCCACAAAUCGGCAUCAGUUCAACUCUUUACUCAUUUACAAUUGAGAAUUAUUAAUACAACGUGAUUCGCCAACAUACAACAAACAACAUACGCUUAAUUUGUCAGUUUUAGAUUAUUAGCAAUUGCGCUUGAACAUGAAUUUCGAUAAUUUAAUUACGGAAAAUUUAGUAUUGAACAUUGUUAAAGACAAAUUACGGCAUGAUGAGAAUGUUAUAUCGAUAUGUGAAACUUAUCAAAUAAUAGGAGGAGAAUACAAAAAUCGUUUACUCGCUCUCGUUGCCCACGGUGAUACAUCGGCAAUUUUUGCAUUUGCGUCAUCUAAAUGGCCACCAGAACUCUUUUCCGAUCUAACAAUUGAAUGUGUUUACCCGCUAAACGAACAGUUUAUGUUGGAUACAAGCUCAUCGAGUAACAUCACUGAGUAUCAAUUCAAAAUACACUCGUCACAAGGCCAAUCCGUUUAUUACUACUAUCCAUUCAAAUCGGCGCAUGCAAAAAGUUUUAGCAGUUUUCAUGAGGAUUGCAAAGCAAUUUCAGCUAGCAUACCAAAGAUGAACGAUCCGGAACAUUUCAAAUGGACACAAAAAUAUCGACGCGAAGAUCAAUCGGCCAUUGAUCGCAACAUCGCCGAUGGUACGAUUACGUUGCAACGACGAGAAUCGAAAUUUCGAGAGGAACUCGAACGACGCGAAUUCGAAUAUAUUGUUCAUAAAGAUUUCACCAUUUAUACGGCCACAUGGAAUGUGAACGGGCGACCAUGCGGUGAUAUUGAAUUAAAACCUUGGCUCUCUGCAACUGAAAAUCCACCCGAUAUUUAUGCGGUUGCAUUUCAAGAACUAGACCUAUCACCAAAAGCAAUUACAUUCAGUGAAAAUCGACCGGAUCCCAUUUGGAUACGAAGAAUUAUGUCGAGUUUGAAUCCAAAUGCAAUCUAUGAAGAGCUGGUGUCGGUACGCUUGGUGGGCAUGAUGUUAACGGUUAUCGUUCGUCAAGAAUUACGUAAAAAUGUGUUGCGGUAUUCAACGCAAGCAGUCGGAACGGGUGCACUGAAUUUUAUGGGAAAUAAAGGUGGAGUUGGUGUGAGUAUGCAAAUAAAUGAAGCAUCCAUUUGUUUUGUAAAUUCCCAUUUGGCCGCACAUUCAAGUGAAAUUGAACGAAGAAAAGAAGAUCAUGAUGAAAUCAUUCGUCGCAUGCAAUUUGAAUAUGGUAUAUCACGCAGGUCGAUCGAUGAACACAACCAUAUAUUUUGGAUUGGUGAUUUAAAUUAUCGGCUCGUCGAUAAUCCACCACGUUCGGUGUUCGAUGUCAAUUUUUCAGAGAUUAUUAAACAUGAUCAGUUGUAUCAGGAAAUGCAACGUCGCCGUGUGUUUUUGAAUUAUACCGAAGGUGCCAUCAAUUUUCGGCCAACCUAUAAAUAUGAUCCGGGGACAGAUGAAUGGGAUAGUAGUGAGAAAAAUCGACCGCCUGCAUGGUGUGAUCGUGUCUUAUGGAAGGGAGAACGUAUUAGUCAAUUGGAGUAUAAUAGCGUGAUGUCAUUACGUUUGAGUGAUCACAAGCCCGUUUACGCAAUUUUCUCAACGGGGAUAAAAACUAAAGACGAACAAAAGUACAAACGGGUUCACGAAGAUGUUCUUAGGGGAAUGGAUAAAUAUGAAAAUGAUAAUCAGCCACAGAUUACUGUGGAAAAAACCGACAUUGAUUUCGAUAUUAUGCAGUUCAAUGAAUCAUAUACGCGUGAUAUAACUGUUGCCAAUAACUGUCAUUUACCAGUUCGAUUUGAAUUUCGCGGCAAAGAGGAAAACGGUAAAAAGAUUUGUGAGCCAUGGUUACAUGUGGAACCGACUCAUGGUGAACUCAUCACUGGUGACAGUUUGAGUAUUCGUUUCAAGAUCUUUAUCGAUGUGCAUCAUGCGUGGCGAAUGCAUCGAAAACAAAAGACCAGCAAUACCAAGGUUCCGUUGGACAUAUUGGUGUUGCAUGUCGAAAACGGACGUGAUAUAUUCAUAACAGUAUUGGGUGAAUAUCGGCCCAGUUGCUUUGGAUUUUCCGUUGAAACAUUGGCACGAUUACCGCAACCAGUAUAUGAGCUAGAUCUCAAGGAUUUACUCAAAAUUGAAAGCGAUCUAAACAGUAGUUAUUCAUCGUCUGUGUACAAAGUAUUGAAUAUUCCACGGGAAAUUUACCAAUUGGUCGAUUAUUUAAAUCGAAAUGGAUUGAGAACGCCAAAUCUUUUCACCGUCGAACGAAAGUAUGCCACAAAUCCACUGAUUAAUGAUAUUCGAGAUUGGUUAAAUCUUUGGUCACCAACUGAUUUUCCCGGGAAUCCAUACACCGCCGCCGAAGCUCUACUAAUGUUACUUGAAUCUCCACCUGAACCAUUGGCCAGCCCCAUGGAAGAAGAGUGUCUGUAUGCCGAAUCAUUUGAUAAAUGUUGUGAAAUAAUCAAAGUAUUAUCCGGACCCAAGAAAAAUACAUUCUUAUACAUUUGUAUGUUCUUGAAUGAAUUGCUGAAGUUCACCCCACAAAAUCGUCUUGAAUCUAUAAAACUUGCCACAAUAUUUGGUCGCGUUAUGUUGGAUGGCCAUGGGAAUUCAUCCAAAUCAAUAUUUCGUUCGUUAACCGAAAAAGAUCGCGACGAACGACGAACGGCUUUUAUGCACAAAUUUUUAUGCAAUGAUAUUAAAGAUUUUGCCCGUGAUGUAUUAACAGCGCCAAUAUAAAUCUAAAUAACUAUUCAUAGAAUCUGCCAUCACCUAUAAAACAAUCCAGUUCAAAGAGAAAAUGAUUAAGAAGUCAAACCCACGAUAGUCACCUCAACCUUGUAAAUAGAUGUAAAUAAAUCUAGUUAAAAUUGAAAAACAAAAUCCAAUUUUACCACCCAAUUAAUGUUCCCUUCAUUAGAUCCAUUGUUAUUUGCUUCAUUGGCGAAUUGUCUGUCGAAAAAAAUACCCACUUUCUGGUAUCAUUACUAACGGCACUAAAAAAAAAUUCAAUAAAAAUUUGAAAUACCUUUUGUAAAAUUCCAAUAUUAUUCUACUCAAUGUGAAAAUAUUGUCUUGUACUUGGACUCGAUUUGGAAACUUCUUCA